AUGGCAAACCUUGUGACAUCGCUCUGCUGUGUAGUUCUGGCCGCAGUGGUGGUAGCCUAUGCGCAGAGACGCAGUCAGCUAGUUGCAAGGAACCAGUAUGAGCGAAUGGGCAGUGACGUCACCAUGCAGUGCGGCUCCUUGGACAAUGACGCAUCAGUGUCAUGGAAGGUGAACGGGACGGACGUGAAGGCCCAGCAUCGUCUAGAAGGCCCCAGACUCAUACUGACCCAAGUGGACCUGGGCCACAAUGGACUCUACAGCUGCUUUCAGAACCCAAAUGGAGAGAGACGUGACACCAUCAACCUCCGCAUCGGCAUUUCCCCUCGAGAGCCAAUCGUCUCCUGUAGAUCCAACACAUAUCCCAAAGGCUUCUACUGCAGCUGGCACCAGCAGCAUUCAACCUACAUCCCUACUACAUUUGAAGUAGAUGUUCAACAUAACCAACGUUCAUUGGAAGUCCAGAAAGAUUCUAUUCAUAAGAAUCGCUGCCAUGUACGUUUUCCAGAGGUCUUCUCCAGCUUCCCAUACAAAGUAAAUGUGACCGCAAUCAGCGCUUUGGGGAAAGCGUCUAGCACAAUCUCUUUUGAGGAAUCCAGUAUAGUCAAACCAGAUCCCCCUGAGCGUGUGACAGCAACUCCGAUUCGUUACAAUGCUCGCAGGCUGGAGGUAUCCUGGCAGAGUCCUGCGACAUGGCCCGACAUCGACAAUUUUCCACUGAAAUACUUCCUUCGAUAUCGCCCUCUCAUCAAGGAACAAUGGCAGCAUGUGGAACUAUCCGAAAGCACAUCUCACACUAUCACCGAUGCCUACGCUGGAAAGGAAUACAUCAUCCAGGUUGCUGCAAAAGACACAGAGAUUGGAACAUGGAGUGACUGGAGCGUUGCCGUCCACGCUACACCUUGGAUUGAAGAACCAGUGCAGACCACAUCCACGACUGAUGUGGAGUAUCUCACACAGACCAAGACCUCACCCAUACCUUCGUCCAAUGCACCACAGAAGGCUGAACCUCCAGUGGGUAGAGCUGCCAAACUUCUCACCUUCUUUACACCUCUUCUGCUCGGGAUGCUGCUGCUGUUCAUGUAG